GUUUCUUCUCUCUCUUCUUUCACCACGUUCCUCCAUUACAGGUUAUCCAAUCAGUGACAACGAACGCUUUACUAACAGAAGCAUAUCCGAUGCAGAUAAACACUCAUGCUCACUUCGAGAAGCUAAAUACGGGAAUUGAGACCAUGAUAAGCUCAAGCUCGGCCAACGUGGCUCUCGGUCAAUUGUCGACCUAUGAACGAUUAUGGACAUAACCACUUUCUUCAGAAAUGAGCCCACCUCCUGAUCAACCCAUUAAUAUGCAGGCUACGUACCACACUGAACGUUAGCUCCCCUUCCUGCUUUCUGCGCCAUUCGCUAUUGUCCUGCUUCUAGAAUGUCUACAACCUCUACUCGUGUCGCGAUCAUCACUGGGGGAGCUCAAGGGAUCGGCGAAGCCAUUGCGCUCCGUCUAGCCGACGAAGAUAUUAACGUGGUUAUCUUCGAUGUCAAGGGGAAGGAGUCUCUACUGGAAAGUCUCGUCAAGAAAAUCGAGGCGAAAGGAAGGAAAGCGUUCUAUGUUGUCGGGGACGUUACGAACGAAGCGGAUAUCAAGGGCGCUGUGGAUAAGACCGUUGAGACAUUCGGAGGUCUAGACAUCAUGGUUGCGAAUGCCGGCAUCCUAUUUAUGAAGCCCAUUACUGAGUGUACACCCGAAGACUUCAAUCGUGUCUUAGGAGUAAAUACUCUUGGUGUAAUGCUCGCCUUCAAGCAUGCUGCGCAACAAAUGAUCAAGCAAGGUCGUGGUGGCAGAAUCAUUGGUGCUAGCUCGCUGUCCGGAAAGCAAGGAAUGGCGGAUGUAUCGCUAUACUGCGCAUCCAAGUUCGCCGUACGAGGAAUGACUCAAGCCACUGCACUCGAGCUGCAGAAACAUAACAUCACAGUGAAUAGCUAUGCUCCGGGCUUGAUCCUGACGCCGAUGGUCGUUCACCCUGAUGAUGAUAAACAUGGCGGGCUCGGGUCCGUUGUUCUGAUGAAUCCUGCUCUUAAACCAGGAACCAAAGGCGCCACACCAAGCGUAGUCGCUGAGCUCGUUGCAUACCUGAUUAAACCCGAGGCGCACUUUGUCACAGGGCAAACAAUAACUAUCGAUGGCGGCCAGUAUUUUGACUGAAUAGGUAUAUCUUGUAAAUUUCCCUCGCAAAGGUGUAUCUUUUUUAUUGCUUAAAAUGCAGAAUGUACGGGGAAUUCGUGAAGAGCUUCCAAGCGGGGGGGGACAAGCAAGGCCGAGGCAGCCACCCAGUUUGGGCGGAGCCGCGUCGGAGAAUGAAUUAUAUGCAGCGUGUGUUUUCAUUGCAAUGAUCUGCAUCCAACUUCUGAACUUC